AUGUUGUCAACAGCUACGGGAAUUCAAGCCGACAAUCUUUUGAGGAACGAUUUGGCAAAAUUUCAGAAAGAUUUCUCGACAAAGAUUUGGUCUGCUGAUCGCAAUAAAGUCAAAUGUUUACUCCAAACUUCGAUAAAGAACUACGCAAAGAAAUUGGCGUCAUUAGAAUUGAGUGGAGAAACGUUGGCAAAGUUUUGCCAGAAGUUUAUCCAAGACAGUGCUCAUUAUUUGAAAUCGAUUUUCGGUGCGACACUUGACAUUGGCAGUUUAGAGACUGAACUCAAAGUUGAACUGAGGGCAUUAAAGGGCUUUUCGUUACAAGCAAGAGGGAGAAGCGACUCGAGUGAUGUGGCUCAAAACAAUGAUCUUUCUCAAAAAGGAAAUUGGAAAGAGCUAUUGGUCAAAAGGUUCAUUGGAAAACUGGCGAAGCACUUGCAAGAGGAUCGA